GAGAAGCAGGCGGAGAAGCAGCCAGCAUGGGUCAGGGCCAGAGCGGACUGCCGCGCCAGACGCGCGAGGAGGCCGCCAAGAAGAAGGAGGAUGCGGCCAAGCAGAAGAAGAAGAAGUUCGAGCCGCGCGGCGGCGCCAUGACGCGCAAGCGCCGCAAGAAAAAAGGCCCGGCCGCCGCCGUGCGCAUCCCGACUGUGUACCCGACGGCCAAGUGCAAGCUGCGCCUGCUCAAGAUGGAGCGCAUCAAGGACUUUCUGCUCAUGGAGCAGGAGUUCAUCCAGAACCAGGAGGUCAUGAAGCCCAAGCAGGAGAAGGACGAGGAGGAGCGCUCCAAGGUGGACGACCUGCGCGGCACGCCCAUGGGCGUCGGCACGCUCGAGGAGAUGAUCGACGACAACCACGCCAUCGUCUCGUCCUCCGUGGGGCCCGAGUACUACGUGGGCGUCAUGUCCUUCGUGAACCAGGACAUGCUGGAGCCCGGCUGCUCCGUGCUGCUGCACAACAAGGUCAUGUCGGUCGUGGGCAUCCUCGCCGACGACACGGACCCGAUGGUGAGCGUCAUGAAGGUAGACAAGGCGCCGCUCGAGUCGUACGCAGAUAUCGGUGGGCUGGAGUCGCAGAUUCAGGAGAUCAAGGAGGCGGUGGAGCUGCCGCUCACGCACCCGGAGCUCUACGAAGGCAUCGGUAUCCGUCCGCCCAAGGGAGUCAUUCUCUACGGCGAGCCUGGCACAGGCAAGACACUGCUGGCCAAGGCUGUCGCUAACCAGACGUCGGCCACCUUCCUUCGUAUUGUGGGUUCCGAGCUGAUCCAGAAGUACUUGGGCGACGGCCCGAAGCUCGUCCGCGAGAUGUUCCGCGUGGCAGACGACCACGCUCCGUCUAUUGUGUUCAUUGAUGAGAUUGAUGCUGUCGGUAGCAAGCGUUACGACUCGAGCAGUGGCGGCACGCGUGAAAUACAGCGUACGAUGCUGGAGCUGCUGAACCAGCUCGACGGUUUCGAUGAGCGUGGCGACGUCAAGGUGAUCAUGGCGACCAACGCUAUUGAGAGCCUCGACCCUGCUCUUAUCCGUCCUGGUCGUAUCGACAGAAAGAUUGAGUUCCCGCUGCCGGACAUUAAGACGAAGCGCCGUAUCUUCGGCAUCCACACAGGACGCAUGAGCCUGGCAGACGAUGUGGACUUGGAGGAGUUUGUGAUGUCCAAGGACGAGCUUUCUGGAGCUGACAUCAAGGCUGUUUGCACGGAGGCUGGUCUGCUUGCCCUGCGCGAGCGCCGCAUGCGUGUGACGCAAUCGGACUUCCGGAAGGCAAAGGAGAAAGCGCUUUACAAGAAGAAGGCCAACAUCCCCGAGGGACUCUAUCUAUAAUCGCAUAGAGAGACGAACCACGGCUUCAGCGUCCCGGAACAACCGAAGUGAAGGGGUGCUCGAGAGGCGACGCGGAUUCACAUCCGCUCGUUGCUCUACGAUAGGGUCCACACGGAAAUACCACAUUGCAAGCCGAUUUGUGCUCUUGUUUCUUC